AUGUCUGAAGCCAGUAAUUUACAAGAACCAGAAAGUAACGUUAGAGCUUUGAAUAUAAAUGAGGUUGAAGAGGAUGAAGGAAACCGUGAGAUUUUUCUGAGUGUAUUUGUUCAACAAGGACAAAUUGGACUAAGUUAUUAUGACAGUUGCGAUUAUACGCUGCAUUUUAUGCCGGACACCAUGGACAACAGCGACCUCCAGCUGCUGGAUAGAGUUAUACAGGAGCUGAGUCCAAACGUCUUAAUAACAAGUGCAAAACAAGAACAGAGCUUGCUAGAAUUUAUCGAAAAGCUUGAAUUAAAUCCUGAAUAUAAGCCUGAAAUAGUCAUGUUUCCAAAUGCAAACUUUGGUCUGGAGAUCAGCAGACAGCGUCUCCUCUCAGCACACAUCCCAUCUCUCCCUCCCACCAUCACAGAGAGCGAGAAAAUCCCAUAUCUCUCCUCCUGCAUCCCAUUAGACUCAGUGCUGAUGAUGAGGUCAAUAGGAGGGCUGUUGAAAUGUCUGGAGAGGAGGAGAGUUAGCUUAGACAUGGAAGACAUGGGCGUCCCCAUAAUGCAGUUUCUGGCUUACACACUGAAAGAUGUUGUGUACAUCGACAAAGACACAUAUAGUGCACUCCAGAUCUUUAAGUCUGAGCUGCAUCCUUCCGUCUUUAAGCUCCAGUUAGGAGAGAAAGAAGGAUUGAGUCUUUAUGGUGUUCUGAAUUGCUGUCGGAGCAAGUUUGGCUCUCUGCUUUUACGGCAGUGGUUCCAUAGACCUACUCGAGAUCUAAACAUUCUGAAGAAGCGUCAGGAAGUGAUCCGUUUCUUCACAUCCCCUCGUAACUUUGCUGAUCUUAACACUUUGCAGAGUUCCCUACGGAAUAUCAAGAACAUCUCGACGCUACUGCAUAAAAUGUCUCUCGCUAACCCAAAGGUUGUUGUCUGGCAAAGUCUAUAUAAGACGGUGUACAAUGCAUUGUGCAUUAGGGACACCAUUCGCUCCAUGCCUCAGUCUAUCCAACUCUUCAGUGAAAUCAGUCAAAACUUCACUGAUGAUCUUUUCUACAUCGCUACAUACAUCAGCAAAGUGGUGGACUUUGAAGGAAGUGUAGCUGAGAACCGAUUUACUGUCAGGCCAAAUGUCGAUCCUGUUAUUGACGAGAAGAAAAGAAGGAUGAUGGGUCUCCCAGAUUUCCUGACAGACGUGGCUCGUGCUGAGCUGGAAAAACUGGACCCUCGCUUCUCCACCUGCAGCAUCAUCUACAUCCCUCUGAUUGGAUUUUUAUUGUCGGUGCCAAGAUUACCCACCAUGCUGGAUAAACAGAGCUUUGAGAUUGAGGGUCUUGAUUUCAUGUUCCUGUCAAAGGAUCAACUGCAUUACCGUAGCGCUCGAACCAAAGAGCUGGACAGCAUGCUGGGAGACCUGCAUUGUGACACCUUGGAUCUGGAGAUGGUGGUAAUGAGGAAGCUUCAGGCUUCAGUGCUUCAGCGGAGCCACUGUUUGUAUAAGGUCAUGUCUCUGUGUGCAGAGUUGGACUGUCUCAUUGCUUUGGCUCAGGCUUCUCUGGAUCACGGCUACUGCUGUCCAACCCUGACAUCAAACCACAGACUGGCCCUGAUUGAGUCACGCCAUCCUUUGCUGGAGCUGUGUACUCCAGUAUUUGUGUCAAACACCUACAUCAGCUCUGAAACUGAGGGCAAAGUUAAAGUUAUUACAGGACCAAAUUCCUCCGGCAAGAGCAUCUAUCUAAAACAGGUGGGACUGAUUGUGUUCAUGGCACUGAUUGGCUCAGAUGUUCCUGCUAAAGAGGCAGAGAUUGGGCUGGUGGAUGGAAUCUUCAGCCGCAUGCAUAGCCGGGAGUCUGUAUCAGUGGGUCUGAGCACCUUCAUGUUAGACUUAAACCAGAUGACAGGUUCCUUGAACCACAGCACUGGGGAUUCUCUUGUUCUAGUGGAUGAGUUUGGUAAAGGAACCAACACUGUGGAUGGAUUGGCUCUCCUGACUGCGAGUCUCAAUAACUGGAUGCGUCGUGGGCCUCAGUGUCCUCACUUACUUAUGUCGACAUGCUUCCACAGCCUCAUACAGCUGGGCUUGAUCUCUGAUUCUCCACUGCUGGAUUUACUGACUCUAGAGACAGCAAUAGAGGGAGAAGAGCUGGUGUUUUUGUACCAAGUGAAAAACGGCAUCUGCCAGUCGAGUUGUGCGGCUAAUAUCGCCACUCUGGCCGGCAUUUCUGACGACCUGGUCAAGAGAGGAGUGGAGGUGUCAGAGUUAUACAGAACAGGAAGAGCCAUCAGAAAGAUGAACAGCCCAUCCUUAGAUGAACAGUACAGCAGGUGUGUCGAGGUGGUUGAGAAAUUCCUCAGUAUUGAUCUGGAUGACCCUGAGCUGGAUCCCGAUUCUUACUUGAAAGAUGAGGUGCUCCCAACACUUGAAGAGGUGCUGUGAUAACAUCAAAGCUGUACUGUGGGACUGUGGGUUCAUUUUGUGGGAAUAUAGGAGAAGUUAAUUGUAUUUCAGGGUUUCAACCUUCACAAACGCAUUCAUUUAAACCUGAUGGUUUGAAUUAUAUAUGCUUACUCGUGUUCCUAAAUGGAAAUGUUUCAAAAUAUUUAAUGACUGUGGUAUUUGUUUAAUUUUUUUUAAAUUACUAAAUCUUGCAGUUUACAUGCCUUUUUGUCACAAAACCAUUUAUGCUUUGAGUCGGACAUGAAUUCCUCAGACUGAUCCAAACCAAUCUUUUUAGUGUUGUUGUGUGAUUCAAUAAAAUAAUCAGUUCGGAAUAUAAAUUUGUUCUUGAUUUCAACAUACUAGUCAUGCUAUAUGUUGGUUUUUGCAGCGUUUAGCAUUACUUUGUUGCAAACAGGCUUUUUUAUUUCAUUACCUUCUAUUAAUAGGAGCACUGCCACAGAAUGGUGGUGCAGAAAACACAGCAAUUAUUAACUCUCCAGGGGACUGACUUGAUUUUUAGAGGACUGUUAAUGAGUUUCCUUAAGUAAUCAGUUGUCACAGCAUUAGGAAGAAACAACAACUUGCUCAGAGUUUAUCAAAUCAAUUAAGUUCUCGAGCCAUCUGUCGUAAGACAACCAAAAAUAAAAAAUAUCUGCUCUGGUAGGAUUACCUUGUGUGGGAAACUGAGCAGAUAGAGAACGCCCACCACAAGGACCUUAAAUAACAACCACGUCCUUUAUUGCAUAAUCAGAAGCACUCAGUAGAGUGAAGUAGACCAGGCUUGUCAAAGGUAAAAAAUUAUAGUUAUAAUUUGAAUGUAUAUGCAUUUUUUUUAUAUUGCUUUAUAUUUUUUUUAUUUCAGUUACAGUUUUAGCAGUUUUACUAGAACUAAAACAUAUUUAUACAGUAAUUUUUCAUGCAAUAUUUGCAUUUUAAAUUAGCUUUAUUUUUAAUUAUGACUUGUUUGUUUUAGUUAAAAAAUAACACCACUGUAGAUUAGUGACACUUGUUGCUACAACAGACUUGAAAGAUGUGAAUUCAACAAGAACAAAAUCCAGAAAACAGUCAGAUUUGGCUUCAAAAGUUGUGUGUUAGAGAGUCUAUGGUGUAUUUGUCACUUUCAGCCCUGGAUAAUUUUGCACAAAUUAAUUCAAUCCAUCUAUUCAGCUUUCUUAGGUCCACUCAACUAUGCCUAGCAACGGUUCUAUUGUGAUGAGUUAUGUGCUGAAGUUAAUGUAUGUUCACAAGUAAUAGUUGUUAUGCCAUAAUGAAUAAAUAUACUGUCUGCUUGUGCCGUUAA